GAUCAGUAGAUUCGUUCCCUUUGGAGAAAACUCCGCACAGUGCAAAAGUUGGACGGUUUCGUCUCUGAAUUUUUUUCGAGAAGCUGAAGCCCGUUUAGCAGCUCGAUUCGGUAAUAGAAGUGCUAGUAAUCCGUAGCGGAAGUGUGCCGCAGUGCGCGUGUGAUAUUAACAGCAUCCGGAAGCUGUUUUUAGUGGCAAAAAAUCAAUCUGAAAAGUGCAGCCCCACCAUCUCACAGAGAGGACAAAUUUCGAUUAUUAAAUCGGUGUAACAAGUAGUUAAAAAGUUUCCAAAUCCCAGCCUACUACUGCAGGAAGGAAGAAGACAAAAACCAUACGAACGCUGGUAGUAAUAUGAGUAAUGCUAUUAACCAAAAUGGCACAGGUCUAGAGCAGCAAUUUGCUGGUCUGGACUUGCAGCAGCAGCAGCAGCUGGGCAAUCAAGAUUCAGGAAAUCUAAAAUCUUCGGCUGCGCGUUACGUUCCACCUCAGCUGAGGAGUGACCGUGACCCUCAACAGCCCUCCGGCGGAGGAGGAGGUCGUGGCGGCUACGAACGUGGUGGUGGUCGCAGUGACGACUUUUCCGGUGGUAGAGACUCAUCGUCUCGUGGAGGAUACUCUGAUCGUGGUGGAGAAUAUUACAACAACCGUGGUGGGGACUUCAACCGUCGUGGUGGAGGAGGACGCUACCAGAACGAUCGCAGGGACAACUACAACCGCGGUGGAGGCGGUGGAGGAAGCGGCGGUGGUGGUUACAACAAUCGCGGUGGAGCACCACCGGUUCACUCUGAAGAGCAGCGGAAUAAUCCGCCACCACAAGACUUCCCACCCGCAAAUGAUGGCGAACCAGUUGUUGACGGUCAAGUUAACGAUGGCAACGUCGCCCCAAGAGGAGGUGGUAAUAACUGGAAUAAUGGUUCUCGCGGUGGUCGCGGGGGUGACUUCCGUGAUCGGGGAAUGGAUAGUCGUCCGCCCCAAAACGAUCGCUGGCAGGAGCCUCCGUCGAAUGGACAGGAGAACAGAGGAGGAGGUAGUUAUGGGGGAGGUGGAUACGGAAACCGACGAGAUGAUCGCGGACCGGGUAUGGGCGGACGUUGGAAUGACCGCUCCAGAGGAGAUAUCGACUACACACAACUCGCUGAUCGCGACGAGCGUCUGGAGCAAGAGCUCUUCAAACACGGUAAUACCGGUAUCAAUUUCAGCAAGUACGAAGAUAUUCCCGUGGAGGCGACGGGAAACGAUGUUCCUCCCAAUAUCAACUCAUUCGAUGACAUUGAGCUGACAGAGAUCAUCGAUAAUAAUAUAAAAUUGGCGCGCUAUGAUAAGCCGACGCCAGUUCAGAAAUACGCCAUCCCGAUCAUCAUGAGCGGCCGCGAUUUGAUGGCUUGCGCUCAAACGGGUUCCGGAAAGACAGCCGCGUUCCUGGUGCCCAUUCUGAAUCAAAUGUACAAGCACGGAUUGACAGCGCAGCCGCAGAAUCGUCCAUUUAAUAAUAGACGCAAGCAGUUCCCCUUGGGUCUAGUACUAGCCCCAACGCGUGAAUUGGCUACCCAGAUCUUUGAAGAAUCUAAGAAGUUUUGUUAUCGUUCACGUAUGCGCCCGGCCGUCCUAUACGGAGGAAACAACACCGUGGAGCAGAUCCGCGAACUUGAGCGUGGAUGUCAACUCAUUGUGGCAACUCCAGGACGUCUUGAAGAUAUGAUUAUGCGUGGCAAGGUGGGACUUGAUAACAUUCGUUUCCUUGUUUUGGACGAGGCCGAUCGUAUGCUGGACAUGGGAUUUGAGCCACAAAUUCGUCGUAUUGUUGAGGAUAGUAAAAUGCCACCGACUGGAGAACGCCAAACACUUAUGUUCUCCGCCACGUUCCCGAAAGCAAUUCAAGAGCUUGCUAGUGAUUUUCUCUUCAAUUAUAUUUUCUUGGCAGUCGGACGUGUUGGGUCAACUUCGGUUAACAUCACUCAAGCGAUCUUCUGGGUAGAUGAAAAUGAUAAGCGUUCCCACUUGUUGGAUCUUCUCUCCAAUAUAAAAGCCCAAAAUGAUGGUGACGAGAAAGACUGCUUAACUCUCAUUUUUGUUGAAACGAAAAAAUCCGCUGACUCUCUUGAGGAUUUCCUGUACAAUUUUAACCAUCCGGUAACAAGCAUCCAUGGCGACCGUACUCAAAAGGAGCGUGAGGAAGCCUUGAAGUGCUUCCGAUCGGGUCGUUGCCCUGUUCUGGUUGCCACAGCUGUAGCAGCUCGUGGUUUGGAUAUCCCGAAUGUCAAGCACGUCAUUAACUUUGAUUUACCGACCGAAGUUGAGGAAUAUGUACAUCGUAUUGGUCGUACCGGUCGAAUGGGUAACUUGGGAACGGCAACGAGUUUCUUCAACGAGAAAAAUCGCAAUGUCGCCUUGGGAUUAGUACGAUUGUUGGAAGAGACUGGACAGGUGAUUCCAUCAUUCCUGCAAGACAUGGUUAGCGAUCGUUCGUUCGGUGGACGAGGACGCGGUGGUGGACGCCAACAACGUUACGGUGGCAUGACAUCCACAUUCGGCUCCCGGGAUUACCGUCAACAAGGCGGCGGCGGCGGUGGUGGUAGUCGCAACAACAAUCGCGAUCAACGCGGAGGAGGCGGAGGAGGUGGUUCUCGCAACAACUAUGGCGGUGGAAAUUAUGGUCGAGACGAGGGAGGCUACUAUCGCAAUGGUGGCAGCUCCGGCGCAGGUGCCGGAGGAAGCUACGGCGGAAGCUACAAUAACAACAGUGGAGCUGGAAGUGAUUGGUGGUAUGAUUAAGCUAAAACAGUUAGUAUAAAAAAAAACAAACCACAUGAUAACCAACCUCUCCCACACAAAACACAAACAUCCUAAAUAUAAUAGUGCGUAAAAGCUGCAAACACACGCCAAUUAUAUAAUGGCCACUCAAAAUUAAAACUUAUUGAUCGGAAAGAAAUAACAUCAUUUGAAACCAACUGAAUAAAUCUGCAGAUAUUGGUAUAACACUAAGCGAUUAGAAAACGAACAUCUUCAAAUAUACUUAUUAUAUUUCAAAUGAACGCAUAAGAAAGGGAAAGAUAACAGAUGGAAGCAUGCAGAACGUGCUAAACAUUUGUUGACAUGAGUGUUAGGAAAACAAAUAUUAAAAUUAUCAAGCAAACCAGCGGAUAUGAUUGUGAAGCGUUUUUAAAUUAAAACUUACAAAAUAAAUCGCUUAGAAGCAAACACACAGAAUGAUAAUAGGCAACCGUUAAUAUACAUUCUUUAAACACGAAUAUAUUCCCAACACACAAACGAUAAAAUGUAUUCUUUCGGACGGAAAAAAGCUGUACUGAACGCUGCAACUUAUACAUUGAAACAAAAGGGAUGCUGCGGUUCCUUCGUGGGCAAUCUUGCCGGUUGCUUCGGUUUUUACAAACUACAGCUCUGACAAUUUGUGAUUGAGAAAAAACAACUGUUACGGUGAUUCAAAGGAGUGCUAAAAGAUCACACGUGUGACAGUGACACUCGAACGAAGGAUUAGCGCAGAUCGCGAAACGGACUGUCCUUUAACAUCGGUACUAGCGAAUAUGGAAAUUUACAGAAAAUGAACACUUUAAUAGAAAAGCAAAAAACAGUAAAAAUCGUACUUUCUCACCCUAUACUAGGAUACAAUAACUUGUUCAGUAUAGUGAAAGACCAUUAAGGUUUGAAAAAAAAAAACUACAAAAAUAGCAACUACAAAAUGAGACCCUACAAAAUAAAUGAUUCAACAACAUGGCAAGCAGAGAAGCACGGA